AUGGGCGCCAGCGUUCGGGGCAAGUUUGGGCAGGAUAGGUGGUGGAAGGGCGUUGCAGCAAGUACAACAGACGAGGGGGAUGAAGGUUCACAGCUCGGUGAAGAAGCGCUGCGAGCAUUGCAAGGUCAGAAUUCUCGUGUGGCUCGUCUGGUCUUUUUGAGGGACGGGAUCGAGACCAAGAUACUGACGGGUUACAACACGCAGGUUGUUCGACGCAAGGCCGGCAAGAGACAUAACGGGUACUUGUACAUAAUCUGCAAGGCGAACCCGCGACACAAGCAGCGGCAGAGUUGA